AUGCCGUUCCUCUUCCAACAGGGGCUCUUCGAUGAUCAGCCUGAAGCGGUGGCCGGCGAUGUGGAGGUUGAGUGGAGCGAUGGAUUUCAAGCUGCGGCCGACGAAGAAGGCGAUCUUCAGAGUCGCCUCAGGGUCCUCCGCACCCAGCGCGCCGAGUUACAAGCCAAGCUGCAGAGGGGGGCACAACGAGAGAACGAGGUGCUGACCAGCAAAGUGGUGUCUGCUCAGCAGGAGUUCUUGGCUUUGCAAGGUGAAUUUAAAACCAUCAAGGAGGAAUACAAUCAACAGCUGGAGGGCCUUCGGUCAGAACUGGAGGAGCAACAGGGGGCCGCGGACCGCGCUGACCGACGCGUGAAGUGUGCCGAGGACUUGGUUCGAUUUCACCAAGAGCAACGGAGGAUGAUGGCCAGUCACUGGAAACAGCAGUGUCAGGUGAAGGACGAGAGCAUCCGAAAUCUGAACCGGCGCUUGAUCGAGUAUUCCACCGACUGGCAACACUUGGGUCUCCAGAGGCAAACUGAGGCUGGAUUGUCUCACGAAUAUUUCUGUUUAGACGAUCGACAUCAGCGCUUGCUGGAUCGCCAGCAAAAGCUUCAGGUGAUGACGAGCCGGCUAAGGCUACAAGCCCGACUUGAAGAGGUCGAAGCCCAGGGCCAGCUGGAAGCGAAUGAUCUUCACUCCGGAGAUUUGGGCCCUCAGGAGCCCUGGCGCAGCUUCCCUCUGGGCACCCCCUGCAGCUUCGAAUGCGCUGCGCUCCCCGGGCACACAUUGCGCCCGCGCGAGGCCAGGGCGGCCGGGCGGCGCUUCAACUUUUGGGUCGCGGAGGAGGCCCCGGCGGAGGCUGCGGCGACCGACUUCGUCCUGGAGAUGGGACUGUUGGGAGAAGGCUUCUCCAUCCGAUGGCUUCAGCAUCCUCUGGACUAUGUUCGGGUGCAAAGCGACCAUUUUAUCCUUAGCCCCUACGACGGCACGCAACGCUUUCGCGGCGACGCCACGUUCGAGCUGCGGCGCGGAGAACUGGAGGGAACUGCGACUGCUGCGGCCGGAAGCGGAGACUGCGACUGGGUCUGCCUGAUGCUGGCGAAAAGGCCCGGUCUCUAUGCCCAUGUGGAGAAAGAGGGACAGAUUGUGGCGAAACCCUACUGCUACUUGGGUCGGGAGGCGUUUCAUUUCAAACUGCUUCAGCGCGGCAGUCUUCCGUGCGCGUCUCUGCUGUGGGAUGUGUCUGAGCCCAGCAUGGGCUUGAACGGUUCAACUGUUUCCACUGUGCCGGCGACCUCUUCGAGACCUUCGGGACCUUCGGAGGAUCUCACGCUGAAGUUUCUGCCCACCUUCUCUUUGCCGGCCUAUGACCUUCAUCGUCUCGCGUUGCCGGCAGCUCCUGCAAAGAGCGAGCAGCGUAAGACAACGGAGACUUGCGCAGGGGAUUGCGCGGAGCAAGCCGCCAGAGAGGCGGAGGCCGCCAGGGACUCAGAGGAUCAAAUCCUCCCGCCCCGGGUAUCGCUGGCCUUAGGGAAGCUCAGAGAGAAGCGACAGAGCUACGAGGUGCGGCGUGAGGCCCAGCUGCGGCGCCGCAUCUUCGCGGCCGCGACCGGUGCGUGGCAGGAGGCCCUGGAAGCGCUACGACUCCAUCUUCCCUUGGCACCGCAGCUGCUGCCACUGGGUGCCACGGUGAAUGGCUGUGCCAAAGCAACGCAGUGGAGAUGGGCGCAGGAGUUGUUGGGGGUCCCCGAGACGGUGCGGCUGCAGCACAGCCUGGUGCUUUGCAACUCUGUUCUCUCCGCGUGUCGCGACGGUCGCGACGCUCGCGCUUCGUGGCCUCGAGGCCUGCAGCUUCUGCAGGCGGCACGGCGCAUGGCGCUGCGGCCAGAUGUGGUGAGCCACAGCACUGCGCUGCUGGGCUGCUCCGAAAAUUGGCCCUGGUCCUUGCAACUGUUGGAGUUGGCCGAAGCCAAUCAGAUCGGUUUCAACAGCGCUUUGACGGCCCUGCGUUCGGAUGCUUGGGACAUGGCAUCGGAGCUCCUACAGAAUAUGCAGCAGUGCUCUCAUCUGCCGGACGUGUUCGCCUUCACCAUAGCCAUCGGUUUUAACACGGACAGCGACACCUGCUGGCGACAGGGGAUGGAGAUGAUGGAGAUGCUGAUGGAGGAGCGCCAGGUGAAGCCCAACUCGGCCACGCUGAAUUCGCUCAUCGAGACGUGCGAGAGGAGUUGUGAAUGGCCGCUGACCCUCUGGCUGUUGCAUGACCACCAGCUCCCACGUGCCACCGCUGUGACGUAUAGCGCCGCCAUGAUGACCUGCAUCCAGGGCAGCCUCUGGACCUUGGCUCUGCAGUUGCUGGAGGAGAUGCGCCAGGUGGGGCUGCAAAGGGAUCUAGUGGCCUUGGGUUCUGGCCUGGCAGCCGCAGAGAUGGGCAGAGAAUGGAGGACCGGUCUCGACAUCUUGCAGCAACUCUUUCUGACAGAGGUCCUUCCCAGCCAAAUGGUGUAUGGCUCAGCUGUGGCUUGUUGCCAGUCCCAAUGGGCCUGGGCCUUGCAACUGCUAGGCCACAUGGAAUCGUUGCGUCGUGGGCUCCGGCCAGACCUGGUGACCAUGACGUCUGCCCUGCUGAGUUUGGCCGCCGCGGCGCAGUGGCAACGCGCCAUGCAGCUGCUGAGGCACGGCGGCUUCGCGGUGAAUUUCCUGAGUUUCUACGCGGUCCUGCGCGCCUGCGAGGACCGUCAUGAACAUCUUCAGGUGCUACGUUUGUUCCCCUCCAUCCACGACAUCACCAUGGAUACCUUCCGUGAGGAGUCAGGUCGCAGGCUGAGUGUCAGGUCGCCAGAAGGGCUGUGA